UCACCUUUAUAUAAAUCCACACUUUCUCAAGUUUCUUUUCCCAACACUACUUUUUUCCUUCUUUCUUCUUCUUCUUCUUCUUCUUCUUCUUCUCAACCCCAUAACAUGAAUGGCCGCAGAUCAGAAGACAACUCCUUCUGCCAUUUCCAUCCCAAACAAAUGGUUGUUGGGGUCUGCCCCUUGUGCCUGAACGAGAGGCUCUUAAUCUUGGCCUCAAACCAAGACCACUUUUCCUCCUCUAGAAGCAGCGUCCGAAGAGGCCAGACCUCCUCCAAGCACAAAAAGCCACCCAUCACUCUUCCAAAGAUCUUUGCUCUCGGAGGCUCUUUUCUCAGUCGUCUCGAGUUCCGGCAUUGGAAAUAUUCCGGCAACUCCGAUCAUGAUAUUGCCUCCAUCAGUCCAGAAGGAGCCUUUGAGGACUCAUUUAUAUCAAUCAAGUUUGGAGACAACGGCGUAGCUUCUUGGGAGAAGAACACAGUGUCCAAGGUAUCUCUAGAGAACUGCAACAUGUCCUGGAAUAACAGCUUGACCCAAGAAUUGACUAAAGAAGCCAAGGAGACAAAGGAGAACAAGACUGUAAUAGAGCAUGGGAAACCGCGUGCAUCGCUUAGGUGGCGGAAGCGGAUUGGGCAUCUGUUCCAGGUCAUGAGAUUGAAAAAGUCCAACAAGGGUAAUGUGUGCCAUGUGAGCAGCAAGGUGGAAGGAGUCAAGGUGAGGAAAGGUUGGAUAAGGACUCUGACAAAGAGAAAGACCACAAUGGAAUAAUUUAAAGUUGGAUACACCAAGUGAUGACACAAGUCCACAAAUCUUUUCACUCUUCCAUAUAUAAUACCAAUUUAAUGGGGUUGGUGCUUAACAUUGUGACUGUAAAGCUAUAUAUUAUAGAGAUGGUAAAGUCAAAUAUAGCUUUAUCACUCUCAAAAAUGUGCUUUAUUUGCUUUGAAA